UCUGAGAGAUGAUGAAGUUCACUGCUAUACUGUAAAUGAAUAUGUUCCGUUUUAAAUGUGCCGUGCCUUUAUUUUAAAUGGUAAUUUAAUCCACACCCUCAAACGUGAGACGCUGGAACCUGGAAAUGUUUGCCAGCUCUGCUUGCAACAUGAUUUGUGAUUGAGUUACUGGAAAAGUGUUGGUGACCCCAUGUUGGUCUGCAGCUUUAUUUUGAAUUACGUGGCAGGAAGUGUUUUUGAUUCCCCGUGGCUUGAUGGUGCUGAUGAGAGGAGAGCAGUGGUGACUGUGCACAGAGGAUGCACAGAGGAUGCAUGGAGGUCUCAGACAGCCGGCAGGAACAUCCAUCCCCUUCUUGCACCAACGUGUCGUGUCUGCACUCCAGCAGAUGCCGACUCUCCUUCUGCCCCCUCAGGACGCUUCCACUUGAGCCAGCAGCAUCAUGGGAGGUUCCACCUCCUCCCUUGUUGAGGACGCCGAGGGUGAUGCCGCACCCCGGGGUGCAGCUCUGCCCCCCUCCCCCAUCAUGGGAUGUCUGAGGAGCAGCCAAAGCACCUCCAUCCCUCGGCAGCUUCCCCGACCCAGCAGGCACAGAGAGCGCAGUUUCUCUUCCGGUUCGAUGCCCAUGCAGAGGAGCCAGUGGGCUUGUGGCUGCUGUACUUUCCUCAACGCAGCCGGUGCCCCCCGCUGCUCCAUCUGUGAAGCCCCUCGGCGAAGACCCGACUCCCGGUGGGUGUGGCACGGGACCAGCAGGGAGGAGGGUCGCUGGUCCUGCCCACGCUGUACGCUGGCCAACCCCCCUGACAGUCUGGUCUGCUCUCUGUGUGGCUACAAGGGAGCACUGGACCGACUCCGGGGCUCAUCUGAAGACCAGCCCCAGCCUCAGCGCUCCAGUAGCUGCUCCGGUCCCCUGAGGCCAUCGUCCACUGAGCCGUGCGCGCGGCAAAAUCAAAAACAGCCCGGAGGUACAGAUAAAAACAGCCUGGUUUGGGAAUGUUUGAGGUGCACUCUGCAGAACACCCCUACCUCCAUGUCCUGCUCUGCUUGUGGCGGACCACGCAAACUGUCCCUCCCCCAAAUCCCUGUUGACGCCUUGCUCGUGCCUGAAGUCUGCGAUCAAACAGGAGUACAAAAACCAGAACCUGCAGCGGGGGCGCUAUCCCUUUCUAUAUCAACCCGAGGAGAAUGUUUACCGGUAGAAGCUUCAUAUCCACACACGAGCUCCUCAGUGCUCAGUGUGGCGUCUUCAGGUCAUAAUAACCCUCUUCCCUGCAGUCGCAGAGAGGUGCCACCUCCAGAAGGUUGCCUCAGUCAGACACAUAACCUAAGUCCUUCUCCGUCAACGCUCGCCGUUUCACAUCUGUCCGCCCAACCGGAGCUCCUGCCCGGCAGACGGCUCAGCAUCCUGAAGGAGGAAAUGUCCCCGCUGUCGCCUGCGCCAGACGCCGCGGUAUCGUUCCCGCCGUGUGCGGUCCCCGUCAACAGGACAGAGGAGUGGUCAUGUCUGGCAUGCACGCUCAUCAACAAGGUCAAAGCCAAACACUGCCUGGCCUGCCGCACUCCUCAGCAACACGUCGCCCAGCUGAAACCAGCUCUGUCCCCAAAGAGGAAGGAGAGCAUGCUGGUGGAGGCGCUGCGACAGAGUGAUGAAGGAGAGGCCAAAGAGCUGUGGGAGGACAUCGUCAGCUUCUGCAGAGAGAACAAAGUGACGUUUGUGGAUGAUCGCUUCCCUCCUAGUCCAAAGUCCGUAGGCUUCCCGGUGGACGACAGCGUCCAGCAUCGCGUCAAGAAGUGGCUCCGUCCUCCAGAAAUCAACUGCUGCAGCUUGAGAGACCGCGCGGUGAAGUGGUCCGUUUUCCGCACGCUUCGCCCAUCUGACAUCCUGCAGGGACUUCUGGGUAACUGCUGGUUCCUGAGUGCCUUGGCUGUUCUGGCCGAACGUCCCGAGCUGGUGGAGAAAGUGAUGGUGACUCGCUCGCUGUGUGCGGAAGGAGCCUAUCAGGUGCGUCUAUGCAAAGACGGCUCGUGGACCACCGUGCUGGUGGACGACAUGCUGCCGUGUGACGAGAACGGCCACCUCCUCUUCUCUCAGGCCCAGCGGAAGCAGCUUUGGGUGGCUCUGAUUGAAAAAGCACUGGCCAAGCUCCACGGUUCCUACUUUGCUUUGCAGGCAGGUCGUGCUAUCGAGGGCCUGUCCACGCUGACCGGGGCCCCCUGCGAGUCGCUGGCCCUCCAGGUCAGUGCCACCAACCCCAAGGAAGAACCCAUCGACACAGACCUCAUCUGGGCCAAAAUGCUGAGCUCCAAAGAAGCAGGUUUCCUGAUGGGGGCGUCUUGUGGAGGUGGUAACAUGAAGGUGGAUGACACGGAGUACGAGGCCCUGGGUUUACGUCCACGACACGCUUACUCUGUCCUCGAUGUGAGAGAUGUCGACGGUCACAGAUUACUGCAGCUGAGGAACCCGUGGGGUCGCUUCUCCUGGACUGGACCCUGGGCGGACGACUGGCCAAGCUGGCCUCCGCACCUGAAGAGGGAGCUCUGCGCCCAGCGGGCCGAGGACGGCCUGUUCUGGAUGGACUUCUGGGAUUUCAUCAGGUACUUUGACUCAGUGGAUAUCUGUAAGAUUCAUUCAGACUGGCAGGAGGUUCGAGUACCGGGUGUUUUCCCGCGAGGAGCCGGCGUCCCGGUGACGGUGGUGUCCGUCACGGUGCUGGAAAGGACGGCCAUGGAACUGGCUUUAUUCCAGCAGGGCAGCAGGCGAUGGGACACAGCAGAGAGCCACCUGCUGGAUCUGUGUGUGUUGGUGUUUCGGGUCUCCUACGACAGCUCGGGCACCCUGACGCUGGGUCGUCUGCUGGCUCACAGCCGGCGCUCCGUGAGGAGGUUCGUGGGCUGCGACGUCAUGCUGGAGCCGGGCGAAUACGCUGUGCUCUGCUGCGCUUUUAACCACUGGCACAGCGCCGUCACGGAGGGGACAACGGGCUGCGGCGGCUCCGAGGUGCCUGGUUACAUGCUGGCAGUCUACAGCUCCAGACUGGUGAUGGUGGAGCAGGUAACGGCCUCCAACACCACCAUCGCCGACGCCAUCAUCCAACUGACGGAAACUAAAGGAGAGAGACACGAGGGUCGAGAGGGGAUGACGUGUUACUACCUGACCCACGGCUGGGCGGGGCUCAUCGUCAUGGUGGAAAACAGACACCCCAGACAUCACCUCCAUGUGUCGUGUGACUGCAGCGACAGCUUCAACGUGGUGUCGACGCGCAGCAGCCUCAAAGCCAUCGACAGCAUCCCUCCUCUGCACAGACAGGUGCUUGUGGUUUUGUCUCAGCUGGAGGGAAAUGCUGGAUUCUCCAUCACACACAGGCUGGCUCACCGUAAGGCUGUCCAGGCUUCUCUGGGGAACUGGAGUCCCUCAAAGACGACACACAGUCCAGCUCUGAGCCCAGAGACCGCAGGUCUGCAUCGGCCUCGACCCCUCUGACACAAUGAGUCGGAGGAACUGGGAGGGAUCAGAUAAUAGAUCUGUUUCACACACUAGACAUGAGAUCAGGAGAUCUCAACACGGAGGCAGCUUCGGUAGAGAACAGUCCAACACUUUAGGAAUUGUCCUUGUUUGUCUCACUUCACUGUCGCUUUGAUGGAAAACAGGCAUAUUUCCCAUAAAUGUUGGACUAUUUUGCAAAGAGACAUUAUAUUUAGUGAGCAGGGCAGACUUAGGUCCCAGUGCCGUUUCAGUUCCACGAACGUUUUCAAGAGUCAGAGCUCCUCAGAGACAGAAAUAAUCUCUCUGGUUGAAUUAAACAGAACAGAACGGCCAUGCAGGUUACACAGUGGACUAAAGACUGUCCCCUCUUCUCAUUUCUCACUUUUGAACCUCCUCGCUUCCUCUCCUCGCGUCGUACUUCCUCCUACCUGAGGCCGAGGAGCCGAGGCAACAGGCAUUUAACGAAAUGAGACCUCCUCGCUUCGGGGCCGUCACUUUAAAGUCACAUACGACGUGUUGCACAGCUGCAUCAUCUGUCCACUGUCACGCCUCUUUUAUACGUCACGGGUGCCGAAAAGACUUCCGCAAAAGAUCCAGCUGUGCGUCCUCGCUCCUCCAGAUGCACUUAAGGAGUUGAGGCGUCCUUCGAGAUGGCGCGCUGAGAUCGAUCGGAGGUGUAACGGGGGGCCUCGCUGUCUGAUCCACUGUCAGCACCUUUCGUAGGGACUAUUUCUUUGGUUGAAAGUAGUCACUAUGAACACUGUUCACAUUGUAUUCUGUGGUAUCCAGGGGCAUCGGAAAUACGCUUAUUCAUUCAUUAAAAGUUAUAUUUCCGCUUCAUUUCAUCAACAUGGUUGGAAGAAUCGUAGAAAAGGUUUCAGUCGUAGU